AUGAAGACGUCGAGAGAGAUCAAGGAGUGCAUGAAGAAGGCGCAAACGUCUUGUUAUCACGAUGACAUCACGCCAAUGCUAUUCAAAACGAAUCUUCACAAAAAUCAUAGCAUAACCUAUGAAAAUAUUCGCAUGGGAAUGACGAUCUUUACUCCGAUUAUCGAUGAUUUUCGCGGAGACGAGGCUUUCCUUCCCGAUCAACCGGAAUUAGUUGUCAAAGAACUAUCAGCUUUCGGGAAAGAGGCAUGGGUGAACGCGAUUGUCCCAAUUCGAUACAACGGAUCGAGCACUAUUCGAUUGCUACUCGCCGAGAGAUAUCUACAGAGUGAGCUAAAAAGCCCAAGUGAGAGAGGGAUUCAGUAUCACAAAAUGGCUGAAGAAGAAAUCACGUCAGAAGCUCAUCACGAAGCACUUUUCUAUGCUGAUCGAAACAUUACUGUUUACACAUUAUUGAAUAAUGUUUAUGAUGAAGAACUUGGAGGUGCUGAUGGGAAAUAUUGCACUGAUCAUGGAGUUGAUCUCGGAAUCGUUUUCGAUUCUAAAGAAAUCGUUGGAGUUGCGGGGAAUUUCACAAAAAAUGAACUUGAUUGGGGUCGAAGUUUCUUGGGAAAAUUGUCUCAAAUCAUCGCCGAUUUCGUCUAUACAAAAAAACUCUCGAAUCAUCCGCAAUUCACGCGAUCUCAUCGAACAUUCAUCCACAUCUCGAAUCGAAGCAUCGAACACAGAACAUAUGAUCACGAAGCUUACUAUUUUUGGAAACAACUUCUCCCGACGAUCGCUCGGUUCAAUGCUGGCAUAAUAAUUGGCGAUAUUCAUGAGACGGAAAGCACGUCAGCCGAGGUGUACGAAUCGAUUCCCUAUGCGGCUCCUCCAUCCGGGAAUCUUCGAUUUGAAUUGCCCGUUCCACCAGUUCCAUGGAAUUACCCAUUGGAUGUCCGAUAUGAGACCUCUUGUCAUCAGAUGAAAGUCGUCGUGCCACUCGACUAUUGGAGUCGACAGCGCUAUUCCGCCUAUUUACCGAUCGUUUUCUGGAUUCACGGCGGUUCGUAUCGGGCUGGUGGCAAAUUGUGGUACAAGAACUCGGGGAUCAUUCGAAAUUUCGCGUCUCGGCGCAUGAUUUUCGUCGCUGUUGAUUAUCGACAAGGAUUUGAGGGUUUUCUCGCAAUGCAUGACACCGAUUUACCCGGAAAUCUGGGAUUAGAGGACAUUUUGAUGGCUUUGAGAUUUGUUAGGGAUAACGCCUACAAUUUUGGAGGAGAUCCAAACAAUAUCGUGGUUGCCGGUGAUGGAACUGGUGCCGCACUUGCGGGAAUAUUAGCGACAAGUCCGAAAACGAAUGGGUUGAUUCAAGGGGUAAUGCUUUUCUCGGGAACAACCACUGCCCCAUGGGCUGUUCAACACGAAAGAACUAAAAACAACACGAUUCGUGUCUUGUGGAAUUGCAAAUGUGUGAGCGGUUCGUCGAAAAAACUCAAAGAAUGUCUGAAGAAAGCGGAUCCAAGUUGUUACCAUGAAGAGAUUGAAAAAAGGGAUUUCUUUGAUUAUGUCGAUGAUGUAAAGACAAUGUACGAGGCUCAUCGAAUGGGCCUUUCCCCAUUCACUCCAGUCAUCGAUUCAUAUCGUGGAUGGGAUGCUGUUUUGGGUGGAGAACCGGAGGAACAAGUCAAACAAAACGCUCGUGUCAGAGCGCUCUUCAGCAACGCGGCUCAUGAGCGCUUGUUCAAUUGCGGAAAAAUUGCCGGUCUACCGAUCCCGUUGAAAGAAUGGGUCGACGGGAUUGUCGAGGCUCGAUUCGGCAACUCGACCUAUGUGAAAGAUCUCUUUGAUGACUGGUACCACCCGUUGAACCCGAUUCAUGAAACAGAUAAAGCACGCCGCACAUCGAGAUUGCUCACAUUCACCGAGGACGAUUGGGUGGCCGACACACAACACGAGGCUCUUCACUAUGCUGAUAAAGGGCAAAACGUCUACACACUUCUCAAUAAUAUUUACGGACAUCCAAAUGCCGGACCCGACGGAAAAUGGGGUACCGAUCAUGGAACCGAUUUGGCGAUGCUAUUCGACUCGAGGGCUUUCUACGCACCAUUUGGACAAUAUAAUUGGGAAGAGCUGAGCUUCGGGAAAGCGUUUGCCGAUCGACUUGCCGACGUUAUCUCCGAAUUCGUGGCGAAUGGUCACCUUCAAUCACAUCCGAAAUUCACUCGCGCAAACUGGGUCGUAUUGCGAAUCACUUUCGAUCGAAUCGAGCACAAACAAUUUUCAGCUGAAAAUUACAAUUUUUGGAGAGAGGCAGCUCCUGAAUUGGCGAAACUGCAAGCGAAUGAGAUCCGAAGAAAACAACGGGAAACUCAA